AUACACUUAGAUAAUAAUGUAAAUGAUAAGGCACAUGAGGAUAAUUAUGAAUUACCACAAAUUUUACUGACAGAUAUUCUAAAGACAAUUGAAAGCUUAGAAAUUCUCGAAAUUUGGCACCUCACUUUUUCGUGUAGUACAAAAUCUCAAUUUGUGAUAUUAAUAUCAGAUGGUUCACAUAGAUGUAUUUGUAAUAUAGAUAACAAAAUCGAUAAUAACCAAGAUUUUUUGAUGCAACAUAAUCCUAUUUUAUUAUAUAUAGAAUCAUCUAAAAAUUAUGCUGUAACUAAUCAUACUUUCAAUCUUGAACAUGUAAAGCAAUUGCAGGGAGGUAAAUUAUAUACCCCAGUUCUUCAAAAUAUAAACAAUACAUGGUCAAAAUAUGGUUACACAUAUGGGUUAAUGAAGAAGGUUAUCAAUGUUGCUAUCAACAGUAAUUCAUAUGACGAAUUAAUUGAAUUAUGUCAGCAAUUUCUUACAAACAAGCAAUUAGCGUUAAAUAAAGAUGAUCAAUCUAAAAAUAUUCCAAUCGCUAAUCCUAUUGUUUCUGCAAGAAGAGGAAGACCUCUGGGUAGAGUGAAAAGUGAUGUUGAAAUUCAAGAAUCAAAUACAAAAAAACAUCACUGUUUGUCCAAUACUGAUACCAACAUCUAA